UUUUUUCGUUUAACAUAUCUCAUUUGUCUCUCUGAAACUUGCAAGGAGAAUCCAAUUCCUCUAGGAAUUCAAGAUUCUCAAUCUAACUUACACUUUGAUGCUUCCAACGAAUCAAAAUCUUUCUCUCUCUUUUGAGCUCACUUUCAUGGCUGAUUAAAUCAAUUCUCUUUUGAGGUAAAUAGUAGAAUCCAUUCCUCUUACUGGGAAAAGCUUGUUGAGUGCAGUUUAGUAGCAUGUGAUUGGAUCCACUGGAUUGUUUCUCUUGAUAGUGGACCAAUCAGUGGAGCUUCUUAGCAGGUUCAUGCUGCCUUGCAAUUUAGUUUAUAGAAUUUUAGUUCAUAUGUGAUGCAAUCAGUUGAUGAGAACGAGAGCCAGAACAAGAAAUUAAGGAUUUUGAGAUCAUUAAUUAACGAUAUGCCUUUGACUGAUAACACCAUCCCACAAAAUGUUGAGGACAGUAUUCUUUUUCCUAUUGAAGAGAUAGUGCAAUCCCCGUUGCCUGGAUAUGAGGCGCCAACUUCGAUAGGUUUCAGUGCUGAUGAUAGUUUACUUACUUACUUAUUUAGUCCUGAUCACACCUUGAGUAGGAAGGUUUUUGCUUUUGAUCUCAAGAGUGGCAAGCAAGAAUUGUUUUUUGGCCCCCCUGAUGGUGGACUUGAUGAGAGUAAUAUAUCACCGGAAGAGAAGUUGCGAAGGGAGAGGUUAAGGCAGCGUGGGCUGGGAGUGACAUGUUAUGAAUGGGUGAAGACAGGUUCGAAGAAGAAAGCAAUUAUGGUGCCACUGCCUGCAGGGGUUUGUUCCCUCGCCUCUUUUACUUAUCACUUUCUUUAUUUACAGGAACUGCACUCUUCAAAACCAGAGCUCAAGCUUCCCAGCUCUGCAUUGUCCCCUGUUAUCGAUCCACAUGUCUCUCCUGAUGGUACCAUGCUUGCUUAUAUAAGGGACAGUGAGCUGCAUGUUCUAAAUUUAUUGUACAACGAGUCCAAACAAUUAACACAUGGUGCUCAGGGAUAUACAGUGACUCAUGGCCUUGCUGAAUAUAUAGCUCAGGAGGAGAUGGACCGGAAGAAUGGUUACUGGUGGUCACUUGACAGCAAAUUCAUUGCAUUUACACAAGUUGAUUCAUCUGAGAUACCUCUUUUUAGAAUUAUGCACCAAGGCAAAAGCUCUGUAGGUUCAGAAGCACAGGAAGAUCAUCCUUAUCCCUUUGCUGGAGCUUCAAAUGUCAAAGUUCGCCUUGGGGUAGUUUCUGUUCAUGGUGAUUCUAUAACUUGGAUGGAUCUUCUAUGUGGAGGAACAAAAGAAUCAGAUAAUGAAGAUGAAUAUUUGGCCCGAGUCAAUUGGAUGCAUGGAAAUGUUCUCAUAGCUCAAGUUUUGAACAGGUCUCAUUCAAAAUUAAAACUUCUUAAGUUUGAUAUUAAGACGGGGAAAAAAGAGGUGUUAUAUGCAGAAGAACAACUCCCAUGGAUUAAUUUACAUGACUGCUUCACUCCUUUGGACAAAGGAAUCACUAAAUAUUCUGGAGGAUUCAUUUGGGCGAGUGAAAAGUCAGGAUUUAGGCAUUUGUGUGUGCAUGAUGCCAAUGGGACAUGCUUAGGACCAAUUACUGAAGGUGAAUGGAUGGUUGAGCAAAUUGCCGGUGUAAAUGAGGCUGCAGGGAUCAUAUAUUUUACUGCAACUCUAGAUGGGCCUUUGGAAUCACAUCUUUACCGUGCUAAACUGUAUCCAAUUGGAAACAAUCCCUUGCAGGCUCCGGUGAGAUUAACAAACGGUAAAGGGAAACACUCGGUUGUCCUUGAUCACCACUUGCAGAAUUUUGUUGAUAUCCAUGAUUCCCUUGAUUCUCCCCCAAGAGUUUCUCUCUGCUCCCUGUUUGAUGGAAGAGAAAUUAUGCCUCUGUUUGAGCAGUCUUUUACCAUUCCAAGAUAUAAAAGGCUGGAACUUGAGCCUCCAAAGAUAGUUCAGAUACAAGCAAAUGACGGGACCAUAUUGUAUGGGGCUUUAUAUGACCCUGACCCUACAAGAUUUGGACCACCACCAUACAAAACCAUGAUCAGUGUGUAUGGAGGCCCCGGUGUACAGUAUGUAUGUGAUUCUUGGAUAGGUACAGCUGACAUGAGAGCUCAAUAUCUUCGGAGCCAAGGCAUCUUAGUGUGGAAGUUGGAUAAUAGAGGAAGUGCUCGCCGUGGGCUAAAGUUUGAAGGUGCUCUGAAAGGAAAUCCUGGCCGCUUUGAUGCAGAGGAUCAGCUUACAGGAGCAGAAUGGCUCAUUAAACAAGGAUUGGCAAAAGCUGGCCACAUUGGGUUGUGUGGAUGGAGUUAUGGUGGAUAUAUGUCAGCUGUGAUCUUGGCAAGGUUCCCUGAUGUAUUCUGUUGUGCUGUCUCUGGUGCACCUGUAACCUCCUGGGAUGGAUAUGACACAUUUUACACUGAGAAGUACAUGGGAUUGCCUUCUGAUAAUCCAAAGGGCUACGAGUACGGCUCUGUGAUGCAUCAUGUGCACAAGUUAAAAGGGAGGUUGUUGCUGGUGCAUGGCAUGAUUGAUGAAAAUGUGCAUUUUAGACACACUGCAAGGCUUGUCAAUGCACUCGUGGCAGCUGGAAAACCCUAUGAACUAUUAAUUUUCCCUGAUGAACGACACAUGCCCCGUCAGCAUAAUGACCGAAUUUACAUGGAAGAGAGAAUUUGGGAGUUCUUCCAGAGAAGUUUAUGAAGUAAUUUUUAUUUAUAGAUUCAUGUCGCUGUAGAAAAAAUUCUGCAUCUUUUUGCUUCGAUAUAUAUUUUUUUUUUCAAAUCAUAAAAUCUGGGGUUCAGUCCCUUUGUAACAGCAACUUUCAAUGCAUAAUGUCUGUACUGUGCGUUUCUUA